AUAAAAAUUGAUAAUGUGCGCGAGCACAUAAGAUUAGCAACAUGUUGGAGCAUGUUACGAGGCAUCACAUGUCAUCAGCUGAUGGCUGACGCGCGCAUGCGCUUUUGAUAAUUGAUAUGAUUUACAUAUAUGCACUGCACAUGAGCAUGCGUUUGUUUUGUUUAAAAUUAAAAAAAAUUCGAAAAACAAAAUAAUAUAUUUGAGAAGUUGAAAUGAGAUUAUUGUGCACUUAAUAACAGUUUCUCGAUUUUAUGAGCAAUAAUAUUGUCUCUUACUAAAAAUACGAUUAAAAUUGUUGGAGAAUAACCAAGAAUAACAUUGUUGAAUUUUACUGCUUGCACAAAUUUGUGAAGUGUUCAAACAAUAAAAAAGUUAGGUCAGAAGAGAGAAAAAGAGAAUUAUUUUGAAUAUUAUUAACUUGUGAUUUUUAUAUGUAUAAUAUGUUACAAUUUGAUAGAAGAUGAAACAUUACAUGCUUUUAUAAAGCAUAAACUCGAAUAUCCCAAUAGGGAAUCUCUACUUGGAAUAAAAUUUUUUACACCAAUUAUAUAACAUAAAAGUAUAAUACAUAUUUGCUUGAUAAGGUUAUAUUUUGCUAAGAAAUUGUUCAAAUUUAAAUUGAUAUUUGCUUAAAACUCUUAUUCAUUACAUAUAUAUUUAUAUCGAUAUAACUGGAACAAAAAAAUAAAACAGAUUGGAGACAUGGAACGUUUACCAUUACCCAAAGCAUUAGAAUCAUUAGCGUGGCUAGAAGGAACAUGGAGAAUAGACAACUAUGGCAAUGGCAAAUAUACAACUAUUAAAGAUUUCAAAUAUUAUGAAGAAAUAAGUUUUACAUGUAUAGGACAACCCAUGUUCAAUUAUACUGCUCGAAGCUACUCUGUUUCGGAACCAAGAAAACCAAUGGCUCAAUCAACAGGUUUGAGAGUGAAUCCAGAAACUAAUAAAGUAUUUCUUAUCUUGGCACAUAAUUUUGGUUUAACAAGUAUUGAAGAGGGUGAAGUAAUUAACAAUACAAUUUACUUGAACAGCGUUGAUAUAUUAAGAAUGAAAGAGGCAAAACCACCGCAAGUGACACAGAUACGUAGAGAAUUCAAACUCGAUGGAAAUCAUUUAGAGCAUGUGCUUUAUAUGGCGACCGCGAAUACCCCAGUAUUGACUGAACAUUUGCGAGCAAAGUAUGUAAAAGUGAAGGAAGAGGAUAUAAAAAAUAUGUGAAAGAAAUGUGAACAAACAUUUGAAAUGUGAAAAAUGUACGUUUUAUUGUAUAGUUUUCACCAUUUACUUUAUAAUUUCCUGUAAGUAGAUAAUACAUUUUUGUAAUAAUAGUAAAAGUAUUACAAAUGAAUAAAAUUAAGAAAUAGCAGGUUAAAGCACGUACCGAAUUAGCCAUUCACUAUUCAUGUAAUAAUUUUCAGUGAUAUUAUCUGUGCUCAUGUUACAUAACGAAUCUAUUAUGUA